UUUUAAUCUGAUAAUGAAAUAGUACUUUUAUUCUAGUUGUCCAUUAGCAAGAUGCGUUUUUACUUCGUGGCGUCUCCGCUAUGAAUGGUUCAGUAUUUACAUUUAUUUCGUUCAUGUUUCGCUCUUAAUUCGUUGCCAAUCGCUUGAAAUAGUUUAAUGGUGGAAAUGUGUACGUAGAUUGAGUCAGUCAAGAAUUAAAAAUUUUUUAUAAUUCUAAAAAUAAUUACGAAUAACAAAAAAAAUUUUCUGAGAUGUCACAGAUUACCGUAACAUCAAGUGUAAUGGAAAGAAGCAUUCAUGAAAUGUUAAAAGAUGCUCCUUCUUUGAAUGAAAGCGAUAGUGCUGUUCAUUCUGGAACACCUCCACCACAUGUUCCAAAUAAUUGUAGUGGAGACAAUUUACCGAGACCAGCUACCAUAAAUUUAACUGUAGGUAGCUCGGUACCACAGACAUUGAAUGUAUCUCCAAAUACACCUAUCCAAAACGGAGAUACACAAACAAUGCGUACGGCUCAAAGCAAAAUUGAAAGUAUUAAAAAUUGGAGUAUUUCUACAUAUAAAUGUACUAAACAACUUAUGUAUGAAAAACUUGGGAAAACAUCACGUACCGUUGAUUCUGAACUUGAGAGUCAAAUUGAAUUAUUGCGAGACACUCAAAGGAAAUAUUGCAAUAUCUUAAGAUUAUCUCGGGCUUUAGCCUCUCACUUCCAUCAUGUGGUACAAACUCAACAUGCUUUAGGAGAAGCAUUUUCUGAAUUAGCACAAAAAUCACCUGAAUUACAAGAAGAAUUUUUGUAUAAUUCUGAAACACAAAGAAAUUUGACUAAAAAUGGGGAGACACUACUGGGGGCUUUGAAUUUCUUUGUAUCUUCUGUAAAUACUCUUUGCAAUAAGACUAUUGAAGAUACUUUACUAACAGUACGUCAGUAUGAAAUAGCACGGAUUGAGUAUGAUGCAUACAGAACAGAUCUUGAAACACUAGCACAGGCUAUAAAGUCAGAUGGAAAUAAUGCAGCAAGAUUAGAAGAAGCACAGUUAAAUUAUGAAGAACACAAACAAAAUUUUGAAAAAUUACGUUCUGAUGUUUCAAUUAAAUUAAAAUUUUUAGAUGAAAAUAGAAUUAAAGUAAUGCAUAAACAGUUACUCUUAUUUCAUAAUGCAGUAUCUGCUUAUUUCUCUGGGAAUCAAACUGCAUUGGAAGCAACACUUAAACAAUUUAAUAUUAAAGUUAAAUCUCCAAAUUCAUCUUUACCAUCAUGGUUAGAACAGUAGUCUUUGAUAAUGUGUAUUUGAAGAAUCAUGAAGAAUAUAAGAGAAUGCAUUCGUCCAUACGAAUCUCCUUUAACACAACAUACAGUAAAGGUAGGAUUCCUAAAUAUCAGGAUAGUUACUCGUACAUAUUGAGCUGCCGAAUACUUUAUCAGUUUAAAUCAUUUAUAAAUCAGGAAGAUGUAUUAUAUGAUGUAAAAAUGACAGACUGAAUUGUAUUGAUUAUAGUUUCUCUGUACUAAGUCAUAAAAAAAACCACAUUUAGUGUCUAUCUUUUUGAAAAUAAGUAUCCCGCCUAUUUUUCUUAUUAAUGGAGAUAUCAAAACUGAUAUUUACAAUCACGUAUAUUCUCCUUAAUGAAAGAAGUUGCUGGAUAUUUGUCUUCAAAAAGGCAUUAAGUACUACUAGUAUUAAUCCUAAAAACUCCAGGAAUUUUUCUAUUAUUAACUUAUUUACUUAUUUAAUAUAUUUUUUAUUUAUCUGAUAUGUAUUACACAUACAAUUAUAUAAUAACAUAAUAAAAAAUGAUACAUUUAACCAAAACUUUUCCAUAUUAAUUUAAAAUUAAUAUUUUAUUACGUUUUUGGAGUUUAUAGGGUUAAUUAUAGAAUUGCUUGGGCAGUGCUUAAAAUAAUAAGAAAAAGAUCUGUUAAAGGAUCAUGACAAAUAUUUAAUGCUUUUAACUUUUUUAAGUCAAUAUAUGUUUAAUUUUGUAUGUCUUCAACUUCUUAAUGAAAUUUUCAUGUAUAUAAAA